UUAGGGCAUAAUUCAAAGCAAAAGCUCCUUUAAACAGUGGAUUUGGAGGCGAUGUUAACCAGACCAGAAUAAUAAAAAACACUCUAAUGUGCUACUUAACUUAAGCUGUCGCUUAGCACGAAUAAUUUCAUGGUAGGCCCUGUACUUGUCAGCUGAGCCCACCCAAUAAAUGUGAAGAGACGACGCUGUCUUCUUUGUCAGUUCAUCAUCAGAUGAAUGUACACGUAACUUUUCCUUGAUGCAAUGUACAUUUUUGGAAUUACCCGUAUAAGUUUUUGAGUACCCACAAAAAAUUAUAUAAUUCUUUCACUUACACUCGUUUUGCUUUUUGAUUACCCAUUUAUUUUCCUGACAGUUUUCCAUGGUUUAUAUCUGUUGCGAUUUAACUUUCAGCUAGAUUUUAUCAGGUUCUAACUUAUAUUAUUAGGCCUGAAAACUUUCCAAUUCACCCAACUAGACGCCUCCAGACAUUCUUCCUUGCUAGUUCCUCAACUAGAUAAAUGAAUGGUUGGUUUAUGGUUGAGGGCAUCUACCUGUCAUCCGAUCCCGACACAUUGCUGCAAAUAUCUGACAUGUGCUUUUAGGCUUAGCGUCUUUACCUUUGGUCUUAUAUAGAAUUGCAGUCACAGUUUUGAUGUCCGUUUAUAUAAUAAAGAAUGGAUACCCUGUUAUAAACCGUUUGUCCGAAGAAGCUGCGUGAGAUUUUGGGAAACGUAAGGAAGAUAACUGGCAUCUGCAGGAGGAGUUUGCCAGAGUAUCUGCAGAAAGACUUCGUCAGAGAAGGGAGGAUUGAGAUUUGAAAUCCCACCUGAAUAUUGAGUAAUUCCAAGUGUAUAUGAGAUGAAGUCUCUAGGUCAAAUUGAACUGUAGUACGCUUAAAGGUUGCUUUUUGGGCAUAUCUAUCCUGAAUGAGUUGGUUCUCAGCUUUAGAAUCAUGGAUAAAGUCUGAAUGGUUUUCAGAACAUUGAAUUUUUGAAAUUUGUGUAUUUGUGAUGGAAAUAUUGUAAGGGUUUCGCUGGCAUUAACAGUACACUCACUUGAGCGCCGAUUGAAUUUCACUAGCAAAACUGAAAUAUUUUGAUACCCAUUUGCAGACUCAAAAGAUUAAUGAUAUCUGGUUACCCACUUCCAGUGUAACUGGCAUUUGAUAGGUUGUCACUAAUAAAACACUGAAAUUUGGAUACCCAUUUUCAAGGUCGAGGCUCUCGAGGAGGAGAAAAACAUCACAAUCUGAUUACCUCUUUCAAGCCCGAUCGAGCUUUAGGAGAAGAAGACUGAAAUGUCUGGUCAGCGCUUUCAAUCCUAAUUGAAUUUAGAGGGCAGAGACUUAAAUCAGCUGAUCCGGGGAAGACCGAUUUUUAUUUUCAAUCUUUAAGAGGGUGAAUGAUUGUAAUAAGAAUGCCCAAUUGGCACUUGAGUGAAUCUCAAAGGACAAUGGAUGAAAACCAGGAACCCAUUUGAAGACUAUAAAUGCAGGACUACACCGUAGAUACGUUUGAAAUUUGUUUUUUAUAUUUAGUAUUCAGAUAUUGAGUUCAGCCUUCACAUAUCAUGGAUUGAAUACUCUUCAGGAGAGACUCUAGUUGAAACAGUUGGGAUUUCAUUAUGAGUGGGACAAAUUCAAAUUUGCUGACCGAGUCUGAAGAGUAAUCAUUUUGUUUUGUUAGUAUAAUCAUACCUACUAUAAGGUUUUUGAUUCUCGUUAACAAUACGGGUCUGAUUAGUAUAUUUUGCUCCAAUACCAUCAUUGUGUAUUGGGUGCCAAAGAGUUCAAUCAAAGAGUUAUGGGAUGUGAGCUACUUGUCAAAGAGAGCAGGAUGUCCACUGAAUCGAGUAGCAGCCAACUACUGGAGGAAUCUCUGAAUAAGCCUUAUUCAAAUAGCAUACGAGAAGCCCUUGCCCAGUAUGAGUACAACUUUGUCAUAACAGAUCCAUGUCUUUUAGACCACCCAAUAGUGUAUGCAAGUGAAGGUUUUCUGAAAAUGACAGGGUAUUCCAGAGGCGAAGUGCUUGGUAGAAAUAGCAGGUUCCUUCAAGGACCUGAAACUGAUAGGAGAACUGUGCUAGAAAUUAGAGAAGCUAUUAGACAAGAAAAGUCUUGUCAGGUUAGCAUUUUGAAUUAUAGAAAGGAUGGAACAACCUUCUGGAAUUUUUUUCAUUUGGCUCCAGUGUUUUCCAAGGAGGAAGGUCGAGUAAUUCAUUUUCUUGGACUGCAAACUCCCAUAUCACAGUGUUCACGAGUUUGUAGAUCAGCUGCCACCAAUAUGUUUGCUUGCAGUACAAAUAGGAAUCACCCUACAUGUGUAGGAAAGGAUCUUUUCAGCCAGCAUGCAUCAAGUGCAAAUUCCUCAAACAAUUUAAUUUACUUUGGUUCAUGCCGAAGGGAGUUCUUCAGGGAUUGUCCAGUGGACAUGGGCCAUGGCGGAAUAUACAAUUCAUUUGCUGAGGACGGCAAUAAAGGUAUAGAGGAGAAACAUACAUGUGAAGCUAAGGAAUCUGACAAGCAAAAAGCAUUAACCGGUGUAACUGAUAUUUUGUCCGAAUUGGCUCACUUCAGCAAGUUAACAGGGAAGACUGUUUUGAAUAGAAGAUGUGAAUCAGCAGAUCUAGCAAGACUAACUCCUAUUAGUUCAUCUUUAUCAAUUGCACUGAGCAGAAUACAACAGAGUUUUGUACUAGCUGACCCCCAUUUACACGACAUGCCCAUUGUCUAUGCGAGCAAUUUAUUUCUACAAUUGACAGGCUAUUCUAGAGAUGAAGUAUUGGGGAAGAACUGCAGAUUUUUACAGGGCCAAGGCACAAACCAAGAAGACAUAAUAAAAAUACGACAAAGUAAUGAAGUAGAACAGCCUUGUACGGUGCACAUCCUAAAUUAUAGGAAAGAUGGCAGUCCAUUCUGGAAUCAUUUGCAUACAGCACCUGUUCGAAAUGCAACUGGAAAGGUAGCUUUCUAUGUUGGUGUUCAGUUGGAUGUCACAGACAUUGAAGAAGACAAGCAAAAAGACAAUGGUAUGACAUCAAAUAUGAAACAGCUUGGAGCCGUAGGUGCAGUUCGGGUUGCUGUUCGCAGCUUGCUAGGGGUUGAGCCCUCAAGAUAACAAAGAUUUAAUUUGUACUUCAAGAAAAUUCUAUAUCACGAGCUGAAAUGCUCCAUGUAAUAUUAUUCUUCAAAAUUUUGGUGGACAGUAUACUCUAUUGACAUUCAAUAUAAUGAAGGCCUUUAAUUGAAAUAGGUCUUUGAGAAA